AGUCGCAAAGCUCAAACAUAUUCGCCUCAUCCAACGUGCUUGCAAGACUUACACGCGAAACUCCAUAUCCUCCCCUUUCUCCUGUUCCAAGUUUAUGAGCAUCGUUAGGUCUAGUAGAACUUUCAUUGCGCAGGAGAAGGCGCUGAGCUAAUAUCAGCCACUGCUGAAGAAGAAGUCCCGUCCGCGCGCCACCGACCGUUCCGACGACUGACCUGCUCGAACAUCUUCUACUGUCCAAGUUUCGUCUCAAGUUACUACCUGUCAUACCCUCGUACGGAUAGUAGAGGAAACAAAUUGUCCGGUGCUACCUAAAUGCUGCCACGGAUAUUGGAGGUUGUACCACCGUCGUCGUUGACAUCUCCCUUGCCCACAUCAACCGGCGGCACGAGCGCAGAUGGUAACACCGACACCGCCACCCCCAACAAACCUAGCUUUUUCGCAAAUGAGGUGCUCAUGAAACCAUCGAUGGGCGCCUCGUCGCUACUCACCGCCGAUGCCGAGAAGAGGCUGUCUGUCCCGCUCGGGGUGAACAUGUCCGGAUCGACGCCUGUCGCUGGCCCACUGACUACAUGUGCGCCCGGUGGCGUGCCGGUAUCGGCUGCGACACAUGCGGUGAGGCGAGCGGCGGGAUCUCUUUCGCGGGCAACCAUCAUGGGCGCCAAAAGAAUCGUUUCAGAUACCGAUGCGCAUCUGGCCUCUGCAGCAGAAACGGCAAUGAACUUCUUCCCUGGAGCUGCGUUGUCGCGACCAUCACAGACUUCCACUCCAAAGACUCCCGCCAAUGACAACACGUCAACAUCUUCCGAAACGACCUCAUCCCCGUCAAUCGACCCAUCACCUUACCCACCAUCACAUACAAGAAACACCACCCCACUCCCAGUGUCCAUCUCCACAACCACCCUCUCAUCCAAAUCCAAACUCGGCUUCACCGGAAUCGGCAGCGACUCUGGCAUCAUCAAGCGCACAAACGCCCGUUCCCGCGUCUCAUUAGACGGCGAGUUCACCGUCUUCUGCGAGGAUUACAGCGUACCCUUGUUCGACAACUCGGGCUAUUUGCCCAUGGACCGCGAAUGCACUCGCACGGUAUUUGCUAAAGGUGCCGAGGCGGCCAAAGGCGCCAUUCUGCUCGUCCCCGGAUUCGCGUCCAAUCGUCAGAUGUUCCAUCUCGGCGGCGGGCUGGGUAAGUCCGGCCCUUCGUUUUCGGAGUUUCUGGCGCAGCGGGAUUACGACGUGUUUUCGGUGGAUUUGAGGGGCACGGCGGAGUCGCUGGCGCUGGGUGCGAAACGGCCGGCUAGCAUGAAGGAAUAUGUGGAGGUGGACAUCCCGAGCGCGUUGAGCACCAUCAAGCGGAUUGGGGGAUAUUCCAAGGUGUAUUUGAUUGGACAUAGCAUGGGUGGAGCACUAUCGUGUGCUGUUGCCGGACUGUAUCCGGAUGAUGUCGCGGGUGUCAUUCACCUGGCGGGCUUGUAUCACUACACGCUUCCUGGCCUAAGCGAAGCCAUCGAUCUGUACAAAGCCUUCUGUCCAGGACCCAUCAAAGCCCUCGUCCGCGGCUCAACAGAGUUGGCGGUCCGCUCCGUCUCUGCCGUCGUAUCGCCAAUCGUACACGGAGUGUCGUAUGUCAUCGGAGGCAACGCUGCUGGCGACUAUCGCACUCAGAGGCCGGCGCUGCCGCCACCGCCGCGGUUGAACGGACUCAGUCCAGCAACCCCCUUACCUCCGCCCAAACAGCCCGCCAUCCUCGAGUACGCACGCCAGUUCCUCACGCAUCUCAAACGCCAGCCCAUCCCCGUUCGCUCCUGGAUAUCCUCCCUUAUCUUUCUUCGGCGAUUUGUACCCGGGCGCGUCGAAAAAGCCAUCAUGAACGCCGUCUACCCAAGUCCGUGGGUCCCCAACUCCGUCGAAGACCCAUGGGGUCUCAUGAAAGCCAGCGUGGAAAGCCCGAGCGUGGGGAUCUACUUGAGCAUCGCGCAGAUGGCCAUCCACCAUGAAUUCUACAACGAUUGGGUGAGCAAUAGCACCGAUUUGAGGGCCGAGGCUGCGGAGGGUGAGAUAUUGGCGGGCGAUCAGGCCGUGGGUAAAGAUGGGGAUGAGAGCUCGCAGUUGAAGUUGCCGCCGGCGCCGAGUACCACGCGGACCUCAUCCACUGCGUCGACAACCUCGUGCUCCAGCACCGGCUCUCAGCCGAAAAGGAGAGCAAAGUCUGCAGAUGCGUCUUCGUCCUCAUCGUCGAACAGCGAUUCCAAGCAGUCGGAAAGCGCAGCCCACAUGAACGAGCUCACCCCCUACUUAGAAAAGUUUGAAAAGCUCGCUCACCUCCCGCUAUUCUUCUGCUAUGCGAACGCCGACGGUGUCAUCCGGAUGAAAGAUUCCUUGAUCGGCUACGAGCGCAGUGGAAGUCUUUGGAAAGAGGUCAUCCGCUACGAAGACGGCGACGUGCUCAAGUCUGCUCCCGUCGGAGUCAGCGAGGUUGGUGGUGCAAAGGCACCGGGCGCGGCUCCCGCAGCGAAGAAGUUCUACACAGGCGCGGGUGACGAGCCUUUGACAGAUAAACAGGACAUUGGGAAUACCGCGGAAGAUACCCAGCGUCUUCGGGGGACGAUCGUCGGGGGACUGAAAGAAAGCAUGGAAGACGCUGUGCAUGUGCUGCUUACUGGGGAUGAUCCGGUGGUGCAUCGGUCGCCAAAUGUGAGCGCCAACCCGACCCCGCUUGCUUCGCCGUCUGUAGAGCAUAUGGCAACGAUUGACCCGAUGCAGCAACAUUCCGGCCAACCGAGUAUGAAGCACCGCGGCGGGCAUAGUCAUUCGCAUGCCCAUGGGCACUCUCACAAGCUGUCGGCACAUUCGUCAUUGUCGCAUCACAACACAUCUGCUGGAAAGGCAGUGGGAUCCAUGCCGCAGCCAGCUAGCUACGCCGCUGUGGCAUCGGCUGCCGACGCGCCGGAGGGCCAUGCCGAAGCCGAACCGGCAGGACCUGCUACAAGUUUGCUACCGCCCGAGGAGCUGUGCGGUGCUUACAAAAUGCGAGCCUCACCGUCCAACUUGUCCCUUGCUAGCACGAAUAGCACGGGGUCGAAUCAGGAGCGCACUAGGACGACCAGUGGGAGUAAAAAGGGCACGGUGCGCUUCUCCCCUCGAGUCGUCGAGCCAUCCGCCGGAGCGCACAUUUCAUGGGCCGGCGCGCCGUUCCCCAUAACGGGUUCGGCGAUACCAACUUCCGAUACCCAUCCGCCACUACCCACCCCUACAAAGCCAAACGCCGACAUCACCCCCAAAAACCCAUCAGAAGCGCGAUCACCACCACCAAUCGACCUCGAACGUCCCCGCCCACCCCUCAAAUCCUUCUCCUCAACAUCGCUCUUCACCCUCCCUCUAAAACCAAGAUCCCACCACCACCACCCCCGCCCCGCAAUCCCAUCCUCCUUCACCCGCGCCUCCUCCGAACUCUCCCACUCCCGUGCCGCCUCCGCAAAUCCAUCCUCUUCUAACCGCAAACCCGCCACCCCGCUCCCCUCCGGCCAAUCCCCCCUCGCCACCUCCUCCUCGGAAUUCCCCCCGCCCCCGUCAAUGACUCCCACGGCCUCAGGCUCCGGAACAAAGCCCACCUUCCCGAUGUCGUACUCGAUCGACCCGGGCACGUCGUAUGGACAUAUCGAUAUCCUUGGCGGCGUGCAUGCUGAGCGUAUGUGGGAACGCAUCGGGGAGUGGCUGGAUUUGACGAGUGGACGAGAGCGCGAGUGGAGGUUUUGGAGACGGUAUAGCGCCAAGUAGAUUCAAUUGGAGGAGACAGACACCAUCCGUCCGCGCAGAACGAACAUUGGAGCAGCACGCAUGCUUUACGAUUUCAGCUUGG